UCCAGUCCGCAGCUCGCCAGCCUUCAGGCCCGGCCCUCUCCACGCCUGGCACUAAGAGGAAACUGGAGGUGGUUCCAGCCCGCAGGCGGGUGGAAAAGCCCACGGUGAAUGCCUCGGGGGGGCCCCUCAUUGUUGCGGGAAGGGGAAAGGGAAGAGGAAACGAACCUCACCGCCCAGUAGAUCAUCCGGAUUCCCAACCUGGGGGAGGCCUUUAGACGGAAGGGAAGCCAAGGGGGAACCCUGGGCACUUCCCCGGGAAUCCAAUCGCUAAGGGAGGGUCACCUAGUCCUCACACAUUGGUUACUAUGACAAUACAACCACAGCCUCCAGUUGCCAUGGCAGCUGCUUAUCCAAUCCGAUUGGUUUCCUUUCUCUACUUCCACGGGAUCCACCCUAUCCCCUCCAACAGCCUCCAGGGGUGCAGGGGGCGGAGCACAGACAGGGGCUGGGGGUUCUUAGCGUCACUCUCCCGGGCGUGAGGGAAGACUAGAGUUGAUGGACUGGUGGGCGGAACUGUAGGAGGAAAGGGCAGCGUUUCCGGUAGGAAAGAGUGGAGGAGUGGAAAAAGGAAGAGAGAAAUCGGGUGGAGUGGAAAGACGGGGGAAGACUUUGAGUGUAACUCCUGAUAGAUUUGGGCUCGAUGUCCCUGGUGAGGCCGGGGUUGCCCCCUCGCGCGGGACAGGGGUGGGUUGGCCGGAAGCCACCAAGCGCCUCCAGCCGGUCGCUCAGCAGACGCACAGGGCGCUCACAAGUAGCUGAUCCCAAGAGGGAGCGCUACCGAGAGGCAGAGCUCACCGGGAGGGACGGGCGCCACUGAAAUCUCGCGAGAGGAACCCCCCACUUCCUUCCUCUGCUUCUUCCUCCUCUUUCCCCCGCCCCCUUCCCUUCACCCUCCCCUUCCCCCCUCCCGGGUCGGAGUGUCCCUGCGCCCCACGGGCCGGAGCAGCAGCAAGAGCAGCUUUCCCCGCUCCCUCCCCCUCGCCUCACUCACCCCCACCCCCCCGCCGAGCGAGGAGGAGCCGGAGGAGAGGAAGAUGGCGGCGGCCGCCAGCACCCGCGGUGCCGCGGGGCCGCUUCGAGGAGCCUGAGAGACCCACAGAGGCUUCGCGGGAAGACGCGGCGGCGGAGGAUGAGCCUGCAGAGCGCGCAGUAUCUCCGAAUGUCUUAAACCAUUCUACCUUAUGAGAAAUUGGAUGUUCUUGCAGAUAGUCAUUGUGGGAGAAAACGUUUCAUUUAAGUCCCAGAUGAGGACCGGAAACUUGAAAUCAGAGGAGCAUCUGAAAUCAAGUAAUAUUAGGCAGGCAGAAGUCCUGAAGGCUGACAUGACAGAUUCUAAGCUGGGUCCAGCUGAGGUCUGGACAUCCAGGCAGGCUCUGCAGGACCUGUACCAGAAAAUGCUAGUUACUGAUUUGGAAUACGCUUUAGACAAGAAAGUAGAACAGGAUCUCUGGAAUCAUGCCUUUAAGAAUCAGAUCACAACACUACAAGGCCAAGCAAAGAAUCGAGCAAACCCGAAUCGGAGUGAAGUUCAGGCAAACCUUUCUCUGUUCCUAGAGGCAGCUAGUGGCUUCUAUACUCAGUUAUUACAAGAACUGUGUACAGUGUUUAAUGUAGAUUUACCAUGCCGUGUGAAGUCUUCCCAAUUGGGAAUUAUCAGCAAUAAACAGACGCAUACCAGCGCCAUAGUGAAGCCACAGUCUAGCUCCUGUUCCUAUAUCUGCCAGCACUGCCUCGUCCACCUUGGAGACAUUGCUCGAUACAGAAACCAGACCAGCCAGGCAGAGUCCUACUAUAGGCAUGCAGCUCAGCUCGUCCCCUCUAAUGGUCAGCCUUACAAUCAGUUGGCUAUCUUAGCUUCUUCCAAAGGAGACCAUCUGACCACAAUUUUCUACUACUGCAGAAGCAUCGCUGUGAAGUUCCCUUUCCCAGCUGCCUCCACUAAUCUACAAAAAGCACUUUCUAAAGCACUGGAAAGCCGGGAUGAGGUGAAAACCAAAUGGAGUGUUUCUGACUUCAUCAAGGCCUUUAUUAAAUUCCACGGUCAUGUGUACCUGAGUAAGAGCUUGGAAAAGUUGAGCCCACUUCGAGAGAAAUUGGAAGAACAGUUUAAGAGGCUACUGUUCCAAAAGGCUUUUAACUCUCAGCAGUUAGUUCACGUCACUGUCAUCAACCUGUUUCAACUUCAUCACCUUCGUGACUUUAGCAAUGAAACGGAGCAGCACAGUUACAGCCAAGAUGAGCAGCUGUGUUGGACACAGCUGCUGGCCCUCUUUAUGUCUUUUCUUGGCAUCCUGUGCAAGUGUCCUCUCCAGAACAAGUCUCAAGAGGAGUCCUACAAUGCCUAUCCCCUUCCUGCGGUCAAGGUCUCCAUGGACUGGCUGAGACUCAGACCCAGGGUCUUUCAGGAGGCAGUGGUGGACGAAAGACAGUACAUUUGGCCCUGGCUGAUUUCACUUCUAAAUAGUUUCCAUCCCCAUGAAGAGGAUCUUUCAAGUACUAAUGCUACACCACUUCCAGAGGAGUUUGAGUUACAAGGAUUCUUGGCUCUGAGACCUUCUUUCAGGAACUUGGAUUUCUCCAAAGGCCACCAGGGUAUUACAGGAGACAAAGAAGGUCAGCAACGACAAAUACGACAACAGCGCUUGAUCUCUAUAGGCAAAUGGAUCGCUGAUAAUCAGCCAAGGCUGAUUCAGUGUGAAAAUGAGGUAGGGAAAUUGUUGUUUAUCACAGAAAUUCCUGAGUUAAUACUGGAAGACACCAGUGAAGCCAAAGAGAACCUCAUUCUGCAAGAAACAUCCAUGAUAGAGUCACUGGCUGCGGACGGGAACCCGGGACUGAAGUCAGUGCUGUCCACUGGCCGUAAUCUAAGCAACAACUGUGACACGGGAGAGAAACCAAUGGUCACCUUCAAAGAGAACAUUAAGCCACGCGAAGUGAACAGAGACCAAGGAAGAAGUUUUCCUCCCAAAGAGGUGAGAAGGGACUAUAGCAAAGGAAUAACUGUAACUAAGAAUGAUGGAAAGAAGGACAACAACAAGAGGAAAACAGAAACCAAGAAAUGCACCUUAGAAAAGUUACAGGAAACAGGAAAGCAGAGUGUGGCAGUGCAGGUAAAAUCCCAGACAGAACUAAGAAAGACUCCAGUGUCUGAAGCCAGGAAAACACCUGUAACUCAAACCCCAAGUCAAGCAAGUAACUCCCAGUUCAUCCCCAUUCAUCACCCUGGAGCCUUCCCUCCUCUUCCCAGCCGGCCAGGGUUCCCGCCCCCAACAUAUGUUAUUCCCCCUCCUGUGGCAUUUUCUAUGGGCUCAGGUUACACCUUCCCAGCUGGUGUUUCUGUCCCAGGAACCUUUCUUCAGCCUACAGCUCACUCUCCAGCAGGAAACCAGGUGCAAGCUGGGAAACAGUCCCACAUUCCUUACAGCCAGCAACGGCCCUCUGGACCAGGGCCAAUGAACCAGGGACCUCAACAGCCACAGCCACCUUCCCAGCAACCCCUUACAUCUUUACCAGCUCAGCCGACAGCACAGUCCACAAGCCAGCUGCAGGUUCAAGCUCUAGCUCAGCAGCAGUCCCCCACAAAAGCCGUGCCGGCUUUGGGGAAAAGCCCUCCUCACCACUCUGGGUUCCAGCAGUAUCAACAGGCAGAUGCCUCCAAACAGCUGUGGAAUCCCCCUCAGGUUCAAGGCCCGUUAGGGAAAAUCAUGCCUGUGAAACAGCCCUACUACCUUCAGCCCCAAGACCCCAUAAAACUGUUUGAGCCGUCAUUGCAAACUCCUGUAAUGCAGCAGCAGCCUCUAGAGAAAAAAAUGAAGCCUUUUCCCAUGGAGCCAUAUAACCAUAAUCCCUCAGACGUCAAGGUCCCAGAGUUCUACUGGGAUUCUUCCUACAGCAUGGCUGAUAACAGAGCUGUCAUGGCCCAGCAAGCAAAUAUGGACCGCAGGGCCAAACGGUCACCCGGAGUCUUCCGUCCAGAGCAGGAUCCUGUGCCCAGGAUGCCAUUUGAGGACCCCAAAGGCUCCCCUCUGCUUCCUCCGGACCUGUUAAAGAGUCUGGCUGCCUUGGAGGAAGAGGAAGAGCUGAUUUUUUCUAACCCUCCUGAUCUUUACCCAGCUCUGCUGGGGCCUCUCGCCUCUCUUCCUGGACGGAGCCUCUUUAAAUCCUUGUUGGAGAAGCCCUCGGAGCUCAUGUCACAUUCAUCUUCUUUCUUGUCCCUCACCGGAUUCUCUCUCAAUCAGGAAAGAUACCCAAAUAACAGUGUGUUCAAUGAGGUAUAUGGAAAAAACCUGACGACCAGCUCCAAAACAGAACUUAAUCCUUCGCUGGCUCCCCAGGAGACAUCACUGUACUCCCUCUUUGAGGGGACCCCCUGGUCUCCAUCACUUCCUGCCAGCUCAGAUCAUUCAACACCAGCCAGUCAGUCUCCUCACUCCUCUAACCCAAGCAGUCUGCCAAGCUCCCCUCCAACACACAACCAUAAUUCUGUUCCGUUCUCCAACUUUGGACCCAUCGGGACCCCGGAUAACAGGGACAGGAGACCUGCAGAUCGGUGGAAAACUGAUAAGCCAGCCAUGGGUGGGUUCGGCAUCGAUUAUCUCUCAGCAACAUCAGCCUCCGAGAGCAGUUGGCAUCAGGCCAGCACUCCAAGUGGCACCUGGACAGGCCAUGGCCCCUCCAUGGAGGAUUCCUCUGCUGUCCUCAUGGAAAGCCUAAAGUCUAUCUGGUCCAGUUCCAUGAUGCAUCCUGGACCUUCUGCUCUGGAGCAGCUGUUAAUGCAGCAGAAGCAGAAACAGCAGCGGGGACAAGGCGCCAUGAACCCUCCACACUGAGGCCAGAGUGGCAACCCUGGGAACGAAGGCUCCAUAAACCAUGGCAUGUUGGGUUUGCGGGACUGGCCCGUACCGUCCCCUGCAGGUGGCAGCCCUCUCUUCUGUCUCUUGCUGUCGAGAGGGUGUAAGUGUUCCACCAGCGCGCUGAGUGUGCACGAAAUGUCCGCAGUGCAACAAAAAGAAAAAACCGUCAGGAACUCUCCGUCCCCCCGGGGCCCUCCGGAGGGAGAGAGGAACUGCUGUCUGUCUUCACUCAGUUACCUGAUGUCACCGCCUCUCACCUUCCCCGUCGUGCAUGCCCCCAGCCACAAGGGAAGUGAAAGCUGAGAAGGGGAGGCAGAUGGGAGAAGCCAACGGGAACUUCUCAGUCCUUUUUUCCUCUUUGGGGAGUAAAAUAGGAAUCCAUUAAUGAUUGCUUUGCUGACUGAGAAUGUAGUUGAGAUGAUCCCUGAACAUCUUUUAUUAUUACCCUCGGCAGUAUAACGUCACACUGAACUCUUCCAUACACAACGUGCUUCUUCUAGUCAGUGUGUAGCAAGGAAAAGCCCCGCUCGCUGCUCCUGCGAGAGGUUGCUGGUGACAGGAUGGGGGAAACGGACCUCUUUGGCCAGUGGCAGUGCUCCAUGAGGGAGAGUCCAAGGCCUCAACUUUCGCUCAGAAGGUUCUGGUGGGCCCUCCUCUGGCCUGGAGACUCCGGCAGGAAAUGCCCUUCACUCUGUAGGUGCUCGAGCCCCGAUCGAGGAUGCAGUGUGGGUGGUGGUGCUGGCCGGACUGGCAGAUGACUGCUGUAGGGUUUUAAAUUAAUGUUUUUGAUUCCUGUACAUUUUACCGUAGCGUAGCGAGCAGUCUCACAGAGGGCAGGCUGGUCCACUCGUGGCCUGACACAUUUUAAUAGGUAGAAGCUUUCAGUGUGGUUAUUUUUCGUUUGAUUGGUUUUUGUGACCCCACCCCCUCCUGUCCCCGCCUCCACCCCGUUUCCGCCCUGUGCUGAUGCUAGUCAUUGUUUCUGUCCCCAAUGUGUACAACAUCUCGCCAAGAAGCAACAGCACGGGGUCCGGCAAUUGGGGCCCAAAGGACAGUCUGCAGUGGAAGGAGGCAGCCCGGCCUCGGCCCCCGACCUCCACUGUCAGAGUGAAAUUCAAGACAACAAGGACAUGUGUGCACCAUGCACAGAAGAUACAACGGAGUCCAGUCUGGAAAAGGUGAAAGAAAGGAAAAUAAACUUUUAUUUGGUAUUUAUUAGAAGGAAAGAGGACUGAAAAUUUUCUUGUGUAGAAACAGAAGGACAGCAUUUGUUAGUUCCUGGAGGAGUAUUAUUUUAGGGGAAAUUAUGGAAACAAUCUAAAUGUCCAGUUGCUGUGCUAGUGGUAGGGUCUGUUUCUGGGAGGUCUCUCCUUGGUGUGUAUGCGCACACCAUCUGCUCUCCUGGGGGGAAGGGGAGUGUGUGUGUGUGUGUGUGUGUGUGUGUGUGUGUGUGUGUGUGUGUGUGAAGUCAGCGUGGGACUCACGGACUGGAAAACAGCUGCAGAGCAAAGCACAUCCAGGAGCCCCGGUUGUCGCUGGAGUCUGGGCAACCCUAACAGUGAAAGGGGCGAGAUGAAUGCUCAUUGCUCUUCAGAGAGUGGUUGGAGCCCCGUCCGCUUACAUUGUUGCUCUUUAAGUUUGACAUGGUAUUUGGGGAUUUGGGUUGUUUUUGUUUUUGUUUUUGUUUUUGAAAGGUCUGAAAGGGUGAGGCCCCCCACGCGAUGGCAAUAUGAAACCCUUUGUGCUUCUCGCCAGCCCCUUCCCUGUGUCCACCUCUCUCCCGUUCCCUCCUUCCUCGCUGCCUUGACCCACUCUGUGUGUUGGAGCUCUGCAUUCAGGCAGCUGUGACAUUCCAGCGUUCGAGCUGUCCCUGAGUCUCGCGCCCCAGACGAGCUAGCCAGGUUCCCUCUCUCACUCCCAGUACUGCCUGGGUCCCAUCUACAGCCCCGUUUCUGCAUGAGAAUUUGGUGUUUGGAAUGUUUUCUGAUUCUUGGGGCGGGGUUACUCGCCUGAUCAUCCUCAAUGUGGAGUAACGAGGAGGGAGAGGAGAAUCUUCAUCAGAAACUGGUUUUGUGUAGUAAACGUUUCUGUUCUUUUGUUUUGUUUUUUGUUUUGGUCUGUCUGUGCAAGACCUGCAGCUGCUGAAAUCAGCUUUGCCUUUAAUUAAACCAUGUUCUCUCCAACCAGA